AUGGUUGGAUUUGACGUAUCCAAAUAUCAGAACGUAUCCAGUUCUGACUUUUUGGCUGCUGGUUGUAUCAGUGGCUUUUGUGGAAGGGCAUGCGUUCAGCCACUUGAUGUUGUUAAAGUCAGGUUCCAGCUGCAAGUCGAACCGAUUUCAACAAUGCAGGAGUCAGCUAAGUAUCGAAGCAUCUUUCAAGCCAUCCGCUGCAUCAUAAAAGAGGAGGGUCUUGGUGCUUUUUGGAAGGGGCAUCUGUCUUCCCAGAUCCUUGCUGUUUGCUAUUCUGGUGUCCAAUUUACUUCUUUCGAAUUGUAUACGAGGUGGUGUGCUCACUUACUACCUAAAUCUGGUGAAGACGGUGAAGUUUGUCAGACAUUUGCUUCUGCCGUGAAUUUCACCUGUGGAUGCCUUGCUGGAGUAACUUCGGCGACCUGUACACAGCCCUUGGAUGUAUUAAAAACUCGUUUCAUUGCUCAGGGAGAGCCUCGUGUAUAUAAUAAUUUGCGCGAAGCGAUUACAACUAUAGCCAGAAAGGAAGGUUUUAACGGAUUUUUUCGAGGUCUUAGUCCAUCACUCCUCCUAACUGCCCCUCAAACUGGUUUGAACUUCGCCGUUUACAAGCUCACAAUUCAUUUAAUCAGUCUUUGGCAGACGCGUGUUCUUGGACACCCUCCACCCGAUCCCACCAACGCUGGCCUUGUCCAAAGCGUCUUUGCCGGUGCAUUCGCAGGAAUGGUCUCGAAAUGCACGGUCUAUCCAAUGGAUGUCGCUAAAAAGCGUCUUCAAGUUCAAGGUUUUGAAGAGGCGCGGAAUCACUUUGGGUCUCCUUUGAUCGUCAAAGGACUGCGUGACUGCAUCGUGAAAACCUGGCGCAAUGAGGGAUUAGAGGGUCUUUUUAAAGGUCUUCAGCCUUCUAUCCUUAAGGCAUGUCUCUCUAUGGGUUGUCGAUUUGCCGUCUACGAGAAGGUCUGCAACUUCCUCUCGUACAAAAACACCUCCAGGGCUUCCACGCCUACAACUACUGGAUAG